GGCGGCGCUCUUGCUAUGGUUUUCGCGCUGUGGGAGUGUUCCGUCACAGGGUUCAGUCACAGUGUUUAGUCUUUUUCAUUACAACUGUCAUUCACAAGCGCUAAAAGACACAAGAUCGAAGCUCAUUUAUGGCAUUGUAACGUUCAUUGGAAUACAAGACUGGAUGUGUGUUUGUUGCUGAAGCGGAUUUUAUCUGACUGAUGUGAUGUACACAGGUGGAGGAUCAUUUACCGCAUUGAUCAGCUGAGCCGCAGACAUCAGCAUUAGCGAUCAUCGGUCUGGGUGUUUGUUCGGUGGAAUGAGCUUUAAAUAAGCUUCCUGUCUGGAUCUCUGCCGGCUCUGUUCAGUCUGCCUAGCUCCAGCAUCAUCAGAGUUUGGACGCCUGAGAUCAUCUGUCUUAGACCAAGUAUCAAGGAAACUGAGGCUCUUUGUGCACUUGUGCCCUGUCUUACACCCUCAGGGCCCCUCUGGGCACUUGGGCACAGCUACACUGUUUGACUGCUAGUCAUGAGUGAAUUCUGGUUGUGCUUCAACUGCUGUAUUGCUGAACAGCCGCAGCCGAAGAGGCGGAGACGCAUCGAUAGGAGUAUGAUUGGUGAGCCAACUAAUUUUGUGCACACUGCCCAUGUGGGCUCUGGAGAUAUCUUCAGUGGUGUAAACUCUGUGAACUCAAUUCAAAACCAAAUGCAGUCAAAGGGAGGGUAUGGAGAUGAGGUCACGCCUGUCAACAUGCAGAUACAGCUGGUGGAUACAAAAGCAGGAUAGUAUAUCCUUAUCAGGGAUUAUGAAGUAAUCUUCCGUGGAGCAAAAACAAAGUCCUGCAACAGGAGGUAUGAAGACAGCAAUUGAAACAGAAGAACUGUGGCAAGUUCUCCAAGAUGCUUGUAUCAACUUCCAGCCAAUUACCUAAAAAAACUGUGUGUAUACCUAGUAGACUAGAUUAUUUUUUAAGUAUAAUUUUGUUUUGUUUACAGUACCUUAUAUAAAGUUAUUUUACUUGCAAAAAUGUCAUGACACUAACUUCUUUAUCUGACACUAUCACUUUUUAUUUUUGUAUACUGGUCUUUUUCCCUUUGAUACUAAUCUCAGUUUUUUCCCCUUUAGGUCCUGUGACGUGGUGUGUCUGCUCACUUGUACCCCUGUAAGAUAUUGCUAUGAGCCUUUACUGGCGACUUUCCACAUCAUUUUUAUGCAGCAAAUACAGGGACAGUUGUGAACACAGUAAAGAGGUUGCCAUCAGGACCCCACGGUGCUUCAGUGUUUUGUCCAGUUUUGCUCCAUAACACACGCUUGCAUGCCCCUCGAAGCCCUCCAGCAUAGAAACGCAAAGUGUGUCUCCACUUUAUCUAGAUGCUCUAUAUUGUGCACAUUUGUAGAUCUGGAACGAGUAUGGACAAUUAUUUUGGUUUUAUUCAUUUUUGUUUCCUUCUUUUCCAUGAAAAGACUGCUUUGUAUUAAACGUUUUAUAAUUAGAGCCGACAACAGUGUUUGUAUAAGAAGUGGCUAGAUACAGUCAUGCAGUGCCAAACUGCUCAGUGCAAUGGAAUGGUAAAAGUACUUUGUUUUAACACAAAUAGGAUAAAACAAGGGAAGCAAACUGAAACAAUGUAAUCUUGAUGAUUACAUUGAAUAUGCUUAGAACUGGAAUUUCUGGACCUUAGUAAGAGUACUGCUGCAGGUGACCAAUUAAACACAAUCCCAAAGAAAGACAAAGCAAGUAAAUAAGUCUCUUACUUAAUAAAUAAUAGAGACAUAACAUCUGUAAUGAGAUCACAUUUAAUAUUCUAUUAAUAGAAAAUAUUACCACACAAACAAGAUAAAACAAGGGAAGCAAACUGGAACAAUGUAAUCUUGAUGAUUACUACAAUAUUAACAUAAUGACAGCAUCUAAAACACUCUUCAUACAAGCUGAACAGUGUUGAAUGUACACUGCUGGUGUAUAUAUGGGUACCACUAGGUCUGGUGGUAUUCAUAUAAACACCAGCAGUGUAGCAUUUUUUUAUUAAAUUUUCUCAGAUGUUAUUUCUCUAUUAUUUAUUAAGAGAUUUAUUUACAUGCUUUGUUUUGUCUUGCUUUGGGAUUGUGUUGAAUUGGUCACCUGUAGCAGUACUUUUUUUAAGGUCCAGAUAUUCCAGUUUUAAGCAUAUUCUAAGGAAUUUUUGAUUUAUUUAAGGGUUCAAUUCAUUUGGGGCACACAGUCCAAAAAAAAGAAGGGGAAAAAACAUGAUCAAUUAUAGUAAUACAGAUUAGUACAACUUUUUGCCUACAAUGAAUGAUCUUUAUUUGGGUUGUUUUCUCAGCAUUUUUUUUAAUAUAUGCAAUUAAUUCAAUGAUUUAAUUUGUCAUGUCAUGCAGUUCACUUAUUAAAUAUUAAAUUAUGCAUUAGCAGCUGUAAUUUGUAAAUCUCUUUGUAAAUAUUUUACAUGUGGUCAUUAUAUCUACAAAGUGCAAUAAUGUGUACACUUUAUGUAUGAAUACCUAUGAAGAAAAUUAGAUCACCUUGGUAUAAUAAAUUAUGUUGAAAUGCAUGAGUGACAUUUCA